AUGGUUUCAUGUAAUCUUGAUCUAACGUUGUACUUACCUCUGUUCCGUUUUGAAUGCAGAAUAGGUGGGUUGGCUUUCGCAAUUGCUUUGAAGAGGCAAUGGGCAUUCGAAGAUUUUAUGAUUCUGGAGAAGACCAAUGACAUCGGUGGUACAUGGCGAGAUAAUACCUAUCCAGGAUGUGGAUCCGAUGCCGCAGUUCAUUGGUAUUCCCUUUCCACGGACAUGAAACCUGACUGGAUCAGCACGUUUGCCAGUCGGCCUGAGAUCCAAAGCUACUGGCAGGACUUGACAUCGAAACAUGAACUCCGCCAGUCCAUUCGAUUCAAUACGAACGUGGAGUCCGCCACCUGGGAUGACGACGAGAAACUAUGGAUGAUCGCGGCAGUGGACCGACAUACGGGUGAGAAGGCUGAUAUCAAGGCUAAGAUGUUGGUGUCUGCAAUCGGUAUUCUGGCUGAGCCGAACAUGCCGAAGUUGAGUGGCGUUGGAUUGGAAGGAUUCAAGGGUGUGAGCUUCCAUUCCGCGAGGUGGAACCACGAUGUUGAGCUCAGAGGAAAGAGGAUUGCUGUUAUCGGGAAUGGUUGCUCCGCGACGCAGUUCGUUCCCAUCAUCACUGAGGACCCAACGGUCAAUGUCGUGCAGUUUUGCCGUACGCCGAUGUGGUACAUUCCGAGACCUCAAGGAGAAUUUUCAAAUUUCUCUGUUUGGCUUUUCCGAUACGUGCCACUUGCUGCACGUCUUUAUCGGAUGAGUGUAGCAUUCUUGAACGAUCUUCGUUAUAUUGCAUUCCGCGGCGAGAAAUCAUUCAUAAGUAGACUCUUGGCUAAGGCACUCACAUCUUAUAUGACCAAACGAGCGCCUGCGGAAUAUAUGGAAAAUUUGACUCCCAAGUAUUCCCCUGGGUGUCGAAGAUUGAUCGCGGAUUCAGAUUAUCUGAGUGCCUUGCAUCGACCCAAUCUCACCCAGAAUUGGGACAAGAUUGAAGGGGUCGCGGAAGACGGGAUCGUCACAUCCAAAGGCUUUAUCCCGUUUGACAUCAUCAUUACCGCUACUGGAUUCGAAUAUGCACAGGAUAAGUACCUUUUGCCCGUACGAGGUCGGACCGGACAGACAGUCAACGAGUUCUACGAAAGUCAAGGAGGUCCGGCUGCUCACCUUGGUACUACUUUACCUGGUUUUCCCAACUUCGUCAUGAUCUCAGGACCGAACACAGUGACCGGACACGCAUCAGUCAUAUUUGUCAAUGAAGUUCAGAUAAAUUACGCCCUGAAACUUUUCAAACCUGUUGCCGACUCUAUUCUCGCGAGUGUGGAGCCCACUCUUGCAGCCAUGAAUUUGUACAACGAUUGGCUUCGUCGUCGCCUCGAGAACUCGGUCUGGACGCAAUGUCUCUCUUGGUAUCGAGCGGGAUCAGAGGGAAAGAUCUUCAGUACAUUCCCGGGCCCCGUGCUACUACUAUGGUGGUUCAUGCGGACGGUGAAAUGGACCGAUUAUAAGGUGACUCCUGUCAAGGGGAAGGCACAGGAGUGGAAGAAAAGCAGGAGGAUUAGCCAAUCUGUUACGAUGAUCACCGCGCUGGGGAUUCUCUGUUUGGGUGGACUAGUAUGGGGAAAUAAGAUUGGUUUGAAAUCAAUCGUGCGCGUUCUAUCUUAA